CGGCUGCGUCUGCGGGCUGGCCCCACUCAGUUGUUCCAGCCUCUUGUACUGUAUAUUUACACAUUCACACACAAUCACUCUUUCUAACUUCUUGACUCUUUGCGCAACUGCUAGGAUUUCUCAAGUGCAUGUGGCAACUCAGCCCUGGUGAGAGAAAGCCGGUGGGACCGGGGAGGGAAUCACGGGACCGCGGGGCCACCAAGGUUGCGGAGAGGACUAGAGAGAGAGAGAGAGACAGCGACGGCCGGGGGAGUCCCCCCAACUCUGCAUGCAGCUGUGGCUCUGCGGCGACCGGGGCUUCCUCUGAGAGCAACACCAGGCCCGGCGGCGAAUGGGGUUCCGCGCUCGCCCUGGGAAGUAAAGAGCACCCUGCCUAGAGCACCCUGCCUACUCGAACUCAUCUUUAGGGCAGUCCUAGGAGCCUGGACAUCGGAGCAGCCGCCAGCCAUCCCCUAUAGGUCCCGCAUCCCUGGCAGGGAAAAUCCAUCAGCUUGAGAAUGGAGGAAAACUGUGACUCCACGGAGAGCCCCCAAGGCCCAGGGCGGCAGAACCCCACCAAGUGUGGGUGGUUGAGGAAGCAGGGAGGCUUUGUCAAGACUUGGCAUACCCGCUGGUUUGUGCUCAAGGGGGAUCAGCUUUAUUAUUUCAAAGAUGAAGAUGAAACCAAGCCUUUGGGGACUAUUUUUCUGCCUGGAAAUAAGGUCAUUGAGCAUCCGUGCAAUGAAGAGAACCCAGCAAAGUUCCUUUUUGAAGUAGUUCCAGGAGGUGAACGAGAUCGGAUGACAGCCAAUCAUGAGAGCUAUCUCCUCAUGGCGAGCACCCAGAAUGACAUGGAAGACUGGGUAAAGUCCAUCCGCCGAGUCAUAUGGGGACCUUUCGGAGGAGGUAUUUUUGGACAGAAACUGGAAGACACAGUCCGGUAUGAGAAGAGAUACGGGAACCGGCUGGCGCCCAUGCUGGUGGAGCAAUGUGUGGACUUCAUCCGACAGCGGGGCCUGAAGGAAGAGGGCCUCUUCCGACUGCCUGGCCAGGCGAACCUCGUCAAGGAGCUCCAGGAUGCGUUUGACUGUGGAGAGAAGCCCUCCUUCGACAGCAACACGGACGUCCACACUGUAGCAUCCCUGCUGAAACUGUAUCUCCGAGAACUUCCGGAGCCUGUCGUUCCUUACGCAAAGUAUGAAGACUUCUUGUCCUGUGCCACGCUGCUCAGCAAGGAGGAGGAAGCAGGUGUUAAGGAGCUGAUGAAACAAGUGAAGAGUUUGCCUGUGGUUAACUACAACCUCCUGAAGUACAUCUGCAGGUUCCUGGAUGAAGUGCAGUCCUAUUCAGGAGUUAACAAGAUGAGUGCCCAGAACUUGGCAACUGUCUUCGGUCCUAACAUCCUGCGCCCAAAGGUGGAAGAUCCUUUGACCAUCAUGGAGGGCACUGUGGUGGUCCAGCAGUUAAUGUCAGUGAUGAUAAGUAAGCAUGAUCGUCUCUUCCCCAAAGACACAGAAGCACAAAGCAAGCCCCAAGACGGACCGAACAGCAAUAACAAUGACGGUCAUAAGAAAGCCACCACGGGUCAGUUACAGAACAAAGAAAACAAUAAUACCAAGGAAAGCCCGGUCAGACGGUGCUCUUGGGACAAGCCCGAAUCCCCCCAGAGAAGCAGCAUGGACAAUGGAUCCCCCACAGCUUUAUCAGGGAGCAAAACCAACAGCCCGAGGAACAGUAUCAACAAGCUGGAUAUUUCCAGGAGCCCACCUCUCAUGGUCAAAAAGAACCCAGCCUUCAAUAAGGGCAGCGGCAUCGUCACCAACGGGUCAUUCAGCAGCAGUAAUGCAGAAGGCGUCGAGAAAACCCAAACCACCCCUAACGGGAGUUUACAAGCCAGAAGGACCUCCUCCCUGAAGAGCUCUGGUACCAAGAUGGGCACUCACAGUGUACAGAACGGCACCGUCCGCAUGGGUAUUUUGAACACUGACACACUAGGGAAUUCCUUGAACGGCCGGAGCAUGAGCUGGCUGCCCAAUGGCUACGUGACCCUGAGAGAUAACAAACAGAAGGAGUCAACCGGAGAGUCUGGCCAGCACAACAGACUCUCCACCUACGACAAUGUCCACCAGCAGUUCUCCUUGAUGAACCUCGACGACAAGCACAGCGUGGACAGUGCCACGUGGUCCACCUCCUCCUGUGAAAUCUCCCUCCCCGAGAACUCCAAUUCCUGCCGCUCCUCCACCACCACGUGUCCAGAGCAAGACUUCUACGGCGGGAACUUUGAGGACCCGGUUUUAGAUGGCCCGCCUCAGGAUGACCUUUCUCAUCCCGGGGACUAUGAGAACAAAAGUGACCGCAGGAGCGUGGGGGGCCGAAGCAGCCGCGCCACCAGCAGCAGCGAUAACAGCGAGACGUUCGUGGGCAACACCAGCAGCAACCACAGUGCACUUCACAGUUUAGUUUCCAGCCUGAAGCAGGAGAUGACCAAACAGAAGAUCGAGUAUGAGUCCAGGAUAAAAAGCUUGGAACAGCGGAAUUUGACUUUGGAAACGGAAAUGCUGAGCCUCCAUGAUGAACUGGAUCAAGAGAGGAAAAAGUUCACCAUGAUAGAAAUCAAGAUGAGAAAUGCCGAGCGAGCAAAGGAGGAUGCCGAGAAAAGGAACCACAUGCUCCAGAAGGAAAUGGAGCAGUUCUUCUCCACAUUCGGAGACCUGACCGUGGAACCCAGGAGAAGCGAGAGAGGAAACACAAUCUGGAUCCAGUGAGCCUUUCUCUCUGUCCUGGACUGCUCCAGGGAGGACUCUGGGGACUUGGGGGGCAAACAGUGUUGGGGAACAGUGUGGGAUCAGGUGGCCGGUCUGUGUAGAGCUUCGUCUGGUGCAGGAAUCUCAUUUACAGACAUCACUAUCCAUAUCUGCAGUGUGUACCAAAGUUAUAUCAUGCUCCAUAAUGCUACCGUCAAGUGUUACAACUGGAUAUGUGUAUAGAGAGUAGUUUCUAAAAUGUCGAUAAGAGUAAGAAGCAUAUAUCUCAAUGAUUAUUUUAUUGCAAGUCCUGUAUUUAAAUGUCGAAUCAAUACAUUGUUGCGAUUUAGCUUGCAUUCAAGCUUCACCCCUGUGCACUUAACAUAAGCUAUUUUUGGCAUCGUGUUACCAUCUGCUUAUUUUAUAGAUCAAUAUUUUUAUUUCCCCUUUUGCCAAGGAAACGAAGAUAAGAAGAAAUAUAAAUAUAUAAAUAUAUAUAAGAUGAGUUAUUAAAGUCAAAAGAAUACUU